AGGAGUGGCUAAUAUUGUUAUGCGGCAGCUGGGGGAGGCGAGCUGGUUAUAACUCAGAGGAGGGGGUGGCCGUGACUCUUGUCAUGGAGGGCAACUGUCCCAGAAGGGGCACUGAGGCAGGGUCCCGGGGCCUGGGUGCCUCUAAGCCAUAAUGCUGGGGGAACUGAUGUCUCUUUUCAGAACUCUCCACGGAAUGCUUGCUUCUUCAGGCACCAUAGGAGCGUUGGUGGCUUGGCUGAUCAGCUAUAAGCCAGCCUUGUUUGGCUUCCUAUUCCUUCUGCUGUUGCUCAGCAACUGGCUGGUCAAGUAUGAGCUCAAGCUUACCCCCGCAGAGCCCCAGCAGGAAAAGGCAGAGAAGUCACAGAUGCCCGAAGCCAAGCCCAACAGCAACUUCAUGAACACAAAAGAAAUGGAGAGACUGCAUGCAUGCUUUGCCCUCCAGGACAAGAUCCUCGAACGGCUUAUGUUCAGUGAAAUGAAGCUGAAGGUCUUAGAAAACCAGAUGUUCAUUGUAUGGAAUAAACUGGAUCACCACAAGAGAUCGGGCCGACAGCGGACUUUUCCCAUGGGGAAAUACAGGAUAAAGAGGCACAAGUCCAUUUUCUCCAUCGUCUCUGAUUGCACUUCCAAUUCCCCCUAACGAGGCCGGAGAGACGGGCGUGGGUUGGCCUCUUCUGAUGUUACCUUUACUCAGUAAAACCCACUCAGAGACUAUUGAA